AUGGCCGAAGACGACCCUCCCUCUGCUGGUGGCUCGACCGUCCCAGGCCCGUUCAACUUCCAGACGCAGGUCAUCUCGACCUCGCCUGUCAAGUCGAACAUUGGCCAGCGUCGCGGCCAUCGAUACAAGCAUAGUUCCAUUUCGACACAACAUCAGAUCUUCCAGGAGCCCCCUCAGCGACCGCCGCCGGUCCUCCCUGCCUCUCUUCCUGUGCCCACGGUCCGAGAAGCAUGGAAGAGCAUGUCCCGCGACCAGCGCGUCAGGCUCUACUGGAGUCUGUGCCAUUUGACCGUUGCGUCAUGGCUCUUCUUUAUCUCGGAGGGCUCCCUCGCCAUGAUGGCAUUGUCCCACCUCGUCUUUUUUGACGCUGGUAGUGCUGCCGUCUGUGUCGCUGUCGAUGUUCUCGGCAACUUCGAGGUCUGGCGCCGCAGCAGUAUCCGGCAUCCCUUUGGUCUUGAGAGAGCCGAGGUUCUCGCCGGCUUUGCCAUGUCCAUCUUCCUCCUCUUCGGCGGUUUCGAUCUCGUGUCACAUAACCUCAAGCACUGGUUGGAGACCAAGGGUGGCCAUGAGCCGCACCAUGAACAUAUCCACGAGCGCGUUUCGGCAGGCGAGGUGGACUGGGCCGCCUUCGCCGCCAUCACCAGCACAGCCGUUUCGGCAUACGGCCUUAAAAAUCACGCGCGCAUCGCCAGAAUCAUGCGUGUAUCAUGGUUGGCCAAGCUGCCCACCCACUUCUCCAACAUUUUCCACUUUCUGACCGUUUUCUUUUCGAGUCUACUGCUCCUGCUGCCGCUUCUGUCCAUUAAGAGCUAUAUCUGGCUCGACCGCACGCUCUGCGCUGCGAUCGCCGCUUCGAUGUUCCUCUUUGGCGCCAAGUUGGCCAUGGCCCAGGCCAUGAUGUUGCUCAUGUCGUACGGCGGCAUUGGGGGCAAUGAGGGCGUGUCAUCUGUGAUGCGGGAUAUCGAAGCCGAGCCGGGCGUCGCACGAAUCGAGGACGCGCAGUUCUGGCAGGUCCACUACGGCCUGUGCAUGGCUAACCUCAAGAUCUCCGUAGCCAAAGGCUGCGACGAGGGUGCUAUCAGCAAGCUGCGAAGUCGGAUAUCUACCCUCAUCCAGAACAGACUAGGCGAGGGUUAUGGCCGCGGUACGAGCCUUAGAUGGGAAGUCACGUUACAAACGAGCGUGGAUGCGACAUUUUGA